AUGAUGGUGAAGAUGGCCAGGCUCGUGCUCCUGGUGGUCACUUUGACAGACGGCAGACGAACCGAGGCGUUCAGGCCCGGGGAGAGUUCUGCGCUUAUGGCGCGUCGAAACCUCAACCCUUACGACGAACGUCUCUAUGGACCGGCCGCCGGGACAUCACUCAGCCAGCUGGAGGCCCUUCAGAGUUUAACGGAGCAAGACAUCCGCGAUGUGGAGAUGUGGCUGAUGGGAAAGGAGAACCAAUCCUGCUCCGAUGCCUGUUGGGACAUGGGCCUACUCUGCAGUGAGGAAGUGAUCCAGGAGGUCGGCACCAGCGCCCUGGUGAAAGAGGCAGCCUCGAGGGCCAACGUCACAUGUGAAGCCACGGAGGCUGCGGCGAAUAUGAAGGUAGGCGGAACGACGACGACGACCUCGCCGGAUGAGACGAAGAACGCCUCUGCUCCGGAUGCUCAAGCCGGCGAGAAGUAUGAGAACCACCCGUCGGUUUGCACCUCCAAGGAGUGUGGUUGCGUUGGGCAGCCGGAACACUGCAAGGCUACCUGCUACUUUGGAGAUAUGGGAAACAACACCUGCGAUGGCAUGCCGAAGCCCGCCAUGGCCAGGCUUUGUGCCUGCCACAGCAUCCGGAGUGCCAUCACCACGGCCCUUCAGGAGAUCACUAAGCAAGGCGACCGAACCGUCACCACGUCCAGAGACGCAGAGGAGCAAGCGCGCCAGCUCUCCAUCCGAGCCACCAAGUUGGAGGAGGAGAUCUCGAUCUUCGUAAUGAAGCUCGCCGCGACUCAUCUCAAAGUAAGGGACGCGGGCAAGCCCCGCUCCCUGGUGGUUGCGGGUCAGCCCCGCACCACACGUGACCGCGGGAAGUCCCGCGUCACAGGUAGACCGCCAAGACGGCGGGUCGAGGUCGCGGCAAAGGAAAGCCGGCAGGACCGCGGGCAGGCCAGAAGGCUUGCAGCCGCUGAGGAGCGGCAGGAGCCACCAAGAAGCCACAGGGCAGCCGCUGAUCCCUCGGCUCAGGAGCGAGACCGGAUCCUCGGGACGACCGCGGCCAAGAGCCAACCAAGGAAGCCCAGGCAGACAGAGGCUGGGUACGAGAAGAUCAAGUGGAAGAAGGAGAGGCGACGAAGGAAGGAAAGGAGCCGCCUCGACCUUCGAUCGGCUUCGGGGCGCAAGAGGGACUUAGAGGAGUUCCUGACCGAGCAAUCCGCUCGCUUUGCGCAGCAGAGGACCAGGCGUCGCAAGGCCGCCCCGGCUGUGCGCAACUACGACGAGGAGAGCAGUGAGAGCUCGGAUGGAGAUGGAAGCGGGGUUGAUUGGGACCCCCCAAGCUCCCCAGAUGGCCCAACAGGCGGGCUGGUGACUCAGGAGGCCCAGCUGUUGCAGCUGCAAGCGUCAGGAUUGGCGGCCCGGGGAAGGCAGAGCACUUUCGAUACCGACAUGCCGGGCCCAAGCCAUCCACCGGCCCCAAGGGCCGGCCUGGUAGACACCAGGCAACUCGGGAAGCCCGAGGUUUUCAAAGGGUCCACGGAGGAAAGCUUCAGUGACUGGUCGUUCAUCUUUGAGUCUUACCUUAGCUGCAUCGACUCGAGGUACAUUGACCUGCUGGAGCAAGCAAAGUUUUCCAAGAAGAGCUUCCCAAACAGGGCUCUUUCGGAUGUGGACCGGGACCUUUCUUGCCAACUCUAUUAUAUCUUGGUGAUGCUCCUGCGCGGUAGGCCGCUUGACAUCACUUACAACACAGGCCUCGGAGAAGGUCUUGAAUCCUACCGGCGCAUCUUUGAGGAGUUCCACCCGAGGGUUGCGUCACGCUAUGUGGGCACUCUCACAACGUUGCUUUCAAGCAAGUUUGGUGAUGAUGUUGAGGGGGACUUAGCGGCUUUCGAAAAGAGCGUUCGGAGGUAUGAACAGGAGAGCGGCAAAACACUGGAUGAGGAGAUGCUUUUGGGCAUUGUGGUAAAUGGGCUAAAGGACAGCAGCCUGCAAAGCCACAUCAUCCGGAACUCAAGCCGGCUCAAAUCCUUUACGGAUGUGAAGGCGGAACUUUUGGAGAUUUCGAGGACCAACCGCGUCCUGCAGAAUCUUCCGCAGCCUAUGGACCUUGGAGCUGCACCGUGGAAAAAGGGCAAAGAGAAGGGUGGCGGGAAGAACCGCACACCUCAUGCGGCUAGCCCCGCUGAGGGCGAGGAAGAACCAGAGCCCAUGUCUGCAUCGCCCCAGGAGCCGGACCUUUGCUUUGGUGUGGUGGCGGCAACGCCCAGCACCGAGGCCAGUGAGACCGAGGUUCUUGUAGAUACGGGGGCAGGGUCUCACCUGUUUCGGAAAGGGUUUGACUCCGGUGCUUUGUUGGGUUCUCGUGUUUCGGGGCCUGGAAUGGUUACCGUUACGGGUGAGCCCUUGGCUAGCGACCAGAGGCUUAGGAGCCAGCUCGAAACCAGUGCUGGGACCUUUUCGGUAGAGUACGCCGAAUCUGAAAAGGUUAGGUUUUCGGUGCUUUCUGCUGGCCAAGCGGCCACGAAAGGCACCUGGACGGUGAUUGGCCCCGGUGUGCAGUGUAUGGUUCUAGAUAAGCAUGCGUGUAAGCUUAGGAAAGCCCUAGGAGAGACCAAAGACACGAUGCAACUCAGAAAGAAGAGAGGGGUAUUUUGGCUCCCAGUGAACGUGGUGAAAGAAAGUGAAAGGGUUGAAGACCCAGACGUGUUAGCAGCUACGAGGGCUGCUAAGAAGACGGUGCCAGCAAAGGCGCUGGCAGGUGAAGGCGAGGAGCCUGGUGAAGCGGGUGACUCCGCUCAGCCUGGCCAAAGCUCAAGUGCGGGCGGCCCCGCCGAUGCGGGGAGUUCCGCUGCGAACCCUGGUGCGGAUAACUCCGCCGGUGCAGGGAGUUCUACUGACGGCCCUGGCGCGGGUGGCCCCGCCCAGAGGCUUCCGGAGAUUGGCGACGUGCCAAUGGAAGUGUCUGAGGCCACGCGGCGGCCGAAGACAAAGAAGAUCCCGGACACGGUUAGCAAAGCCGAGUUUGACGAGCAUAUGCUUACGCAUCUGCCCAUGCGAAGCUGGUGCGAUCACUGCAUGCACGGCAAGGUGCGUGAGGAUGCGCACUCAACUCGGGAGCCCAGCGGUCGCGCGUCGGAGGUGGCGCGCAUCUCCCUGGACUACUGUUUUCUGGGACGGGCCUUGAAGGGCCCAGUGAACUCCGUGGAGGAGGUCAAGGUGCCUCAGGAUGAGAAGGAUGGUCUCCUUCCCAUUCUGGUGAUCGUGGACGAAAAGUCCGGUUGUGUUUUCUCUGGUGUGGUGGCUAAGGGUGUUAACCCGUAUGCCACUGGAUUGGUGACUGAAGCGCUCAAGUUCUGCGGGCGCCAAAAGGUCAUCAUGAUGAGCGAUGCUGAGCAUAGCAUCCGGGCACUUGCUGAAAGUGCCGCCAAGUCCUGGACUGGCAGCGUGCAGCACCAGACUGCACCGAAAGGUUCUCACGCAUCUAACGGCGCGGCCGAGCGAGCCAUUUUGGAGCUGGCGCGUCAGGUGCGAACUCUUGCGAGCGCGCUGGAGAAUCGCUACAAGAAGCCCCUGGAGACUGAGGGGGUUGUCUUUCCGUGGUUGGUGCGGCACGCAGGGUGGCUCAUCUCCCGUUUCUUGGUGAAGCAGGACGGGAGAACACCUUACGAAAGGCUUCGAGGCCGGGACUUCCGCGGUGAAGUUGCUGAGUGCUGCGAGGUCGUGCACUACAAGCUUGACAAAGAGAAGACUGGCAAGCUGGACAAGCAAACGUCAGUUGGAGUUUGGCUAGGCAAGUCUCUUGCCUCCGACGAGCACUUCCUGGGCACUGCUCAGGGGAUCCGUCGGUGCAGAAGCAUCUGGCGAAGGCCAGAAGAGAAGAGGUGGGAGCUGAAACACCUCGAGGGGAUGGUUGGGCUUCCCUGGCAACCGCGCGGAGAGCCAACUACCGUGCCUUCAGACAACAAGGCCCCAGCGACUCCAGGUCGCAGGCAGCCCUCGGUGUAUAUCACCUUGGAGCGUCAGAUCAAGCACGGCAAGACACCUGGAUGUCCUGGCUGUGAGUGUGAUGACGACAACCCAAAGCGGCACAACGACGAGUGCCGUAAGAGGUUCGAGAAGUUGUACCCGAGACAACCGGUGCCAGGCACGCCUGGUACACCAGUCCCUGGGACGCCUGCGGGACCCAUGGAGACUGAAGGAGGUCAGGCCGAGAUGCCCCAGGGCACCGGCCAAGACUUGGAGUCGGGAAGCACCGAGCCGAGUCAGCCUUCAAGGCCAAGGGCCAUGGAGGGGACCUCUGAGGCUAAGUCAGGCCAGAAGCGAGAGGUUGAGGAUGCGGGUGUCCCCGCUCCUUCAAGUGACAGCGGGCAGCGCCGCGUUACUGGAAAGAGCUCACAAGGAGCGAAGAAGCAGAAGACGCCAGAAGCAAGAGGUGAAAAGCGUCCUCUUGAGGACCAGGAGUUGAUGGGGGGACUGCCCACGCUCCACGAGAAAGGCGAGUGGGAGCCUUUGUUUGCUUACCCUCUGGACGGCAGAGUGGAGGAGCUUGGUGCCUACGACGAGCGAACAGGCCAGCCCCUUCCCGUUGACAAGGUCAAGACUGCAAGAGGGCGCGAGCUGGACAAGAUGGAGGAACACUCUGUCAAGAAGGACAUCUCUUGGGAGGAGGCGCGACGGCAGGGGCUAAAGAUAGUCCGAAGCCGGUGGGUGGAUGGUUGGAAACCAUUGCCCAAUGAUCCAAAUGGGGUGCGCAGCCGCUGCGUAGCCCAAGAGAUCAACGACCACGAGCGCGACGACGUUUUCAGUGGAACACCGCCGUUGCGGACGCACCGCAUGGUACUUUCAGCUGCAGCCACUGCAAAGACUGGCAGGACCAACCGGCGCAAGCUUAUUGCCCGGUAUGAUGUUUCUGUUGCCUUCUUUCAUGCGGUGGCCACGGGCAAAAUUGCGGUCGUCCCUCCGAAAGAUCUCGAUCAAUCGAAGCUCUGGUACUUGCUCAAAGCCAUGAAUGGCACACGUGAGGCUUCGCGACAGUGGUCAAAGCGCGUGUGUGAGGUCAUGACGGAGGCAGGUUUCUGGGAGGUUCCAGGAAUCCCUGGCCUCUUCUACCACGACGAGUGGUGUGUGACCUUGAGCUGCCACGGCGACGACUUUAUCGCUGAGGGCGAAAGCGACGAUCUGGAUCGACUGGAUGCGCUGAUGAUGCAAUCCUUUGAGAGCAAGAUAUUGCCACGGAUUGGCCCUGAGGAGUUCGGAGGCCAGACCACGCAUGGCGAUCAUCUGCACCGCAUCAUUCGAUGGAGCGAGCGCGGGUUCACUUGGGAAGCUGAUCCUAAGUACUCGCGGCAGAUCGUUGAGGAGCUCGGGCUUACGGACGCUAAGAGCGCAGACGCCCCAUGUUCUACGGAAUGUGGGAAAGGCCGCAGGGAUCUCGAAGAUCCUUUGGACGCUGAGGCUGCAGCGAAGUUCCGGAGACUCGCUGGUACUGCGCUUUACCUGUCCCAGGAUCGCCCGACGAUCCAGUAUGCCUUGUCGGAGAUCACCUCUGGCAUGGCAAAGCCUACGGUUGAACACGAGCUCAAGCUCAAGCACCUAGGCCGUUACCUUCUGAAGUACCCGAAGGAAGUUUGGCACUACGAGUACCAGGAGCAGCCUGAGGAAGCUGUGGUGCUUACGGACUCGGACUGGGGAGCGUGCAAGCGCACGCGCAAGUCUAUGUCCAGCUACGCUGAGAGAUUUGGGAAGCAUCUCAUCGAUGCUUCGUGUGCCAAGCAAUCGGUGAUAGCGCUCAGCUCUGGAGAGGCUGAGUUUUACGCGUUGGUGCGAGGAGCUGCCGCCGGACUGCUGACAGCGCAGAUCUGGGAACGGAUUGGGUUUAAGGGUUUGAAGCUUACCCUGAGAACCGAUUCGAGCGCAGCGAAGGGAAUCGCGACACGCAAGGGCUCGGGCAAGGUGAAGCACUUGUCCAUGAAGGAGCUUUGGAUACAGGACUGUGUUCAGAGAAAGCAGCUUACGGUGCAGAAGGAACCUACGAAGAGUAACUGGGCCGACUUGGGCACGAAAGCUCUUUCAGGCUCAAGAGUGACAGAGCUAGUCAAGGGCAUGCCUCUCACAAGGGGCUUGGUCAUGGCGUGCCUGUUCGCGUCCUUUGGCGUGGCUACGGGGCAGCCGAAGGAGCGCCAGCUCGAGACUGAAGACGUUUCCUUCUUCAUCUACAUGCUGAUCAUCCAUAUCUUGGCGAUCCAGACCAUUUGGCGAUGGAUCAAGUUUGCGUUUGUGUGGUGGACCACGCCACGUGUUUCAACGAAGCCGGCCCCUACAGCUGGAGGCCGCGUGGACCGACGAGGUCUAGAGGCGAAUGCGGGUAGCCCCGUCUACGUCACCCGUAAGGGCAAGAAGUUUCAUAGGAGACACUGUAGACACCUGGGCCAAAACCCGUACACGUUGCAGAGGGCUGAGGCUACGCAAAGAGGCUUUGGUCCUUGUACAGACUGCAACCCGUGA